AUGAAUAACUUAAGUAUUUUAAGUUCCAUAGAGUGUUUGUAUCCUACUGAUUGUCUGGCUUUAAAUAAGGAUGAGGAGAUCUUAGCUGUUGGAAUGUAUAAUUUGGAUGGAUCAAAUAAAGAAAGAAUUGGUGGAAUAUCACUUUAUAAUACUAAAGAUCUGAUACAAAAAAAAGGUACAUAUUCAAAUAUCUUUAUUAAUACUGGGACAGGUGUUUUAAAUUGCAUGUGGGAUAAGAGUACUCUACAAGGAAUAGGCUUGGUUUGUAUUUGUUCUGAUAGAACUCUUAGACUCUACAAAUAUGGAAAUAAUAAUUUAUUUAAUCUUGCAUCAAAGAUUGAGACUGGGGAGUGUCCUAAUAGUUCUGUAAUAGGAUUAGAUAUGGAUAUAUUAGACCAAAAAGAUAUAAGACGAGCAUGUUUUAGUUUAUCUGAUGGAAGAGUUUGUAUUGUUAAAGAUAUGACAUAUUUAGAAAGAGAAUUUAAUGCUCAUAAUAAAUCUGAGGUAUGGACUCUUUCAUUUAUUAAAAGUGAAAAUAUAAUUGCAACAGGUGCAGAUGAUUGUAUUUUAGCAAUAUGGGAUAUACGAUGUAAUUUUACUUCUUCUAUUGCAAAAAAUACAAGUCAUAAUAUGGGUAUUACUUGUAUUACCCCAUCAUGUAAUGAAACUUCAUUUUGGACAGGAUCAUACGAUGAGUAUAUUAGAUAUUGGGAUAUAAGAAAAUUGGAUAAUGCAAUAUAUGAAUAUAAGAUGAAUUGUGGGAUUUGGAGAAUAAAGGUAUUUGGCAAUUUCAUAAGUUUAGCAGAAUGUCAUUAUGGAUUUGAUGUUUUAUCCAAGGAUGAAAAUAAUGAGAUCCGUGAUUUAUAUGCUUCAUUAGAGAAUUUAAGUCCAUUAAGCCCAUCACAUACUUCUAUUGUAUAUGGUAUUGAAAUGUUUAAUAGAGAUAAUACUACAUUUGGAAUGUCAUGUAGUUUUUAUGAUAAAACUCUUUUAACUUGGAGGCUUGGUAAUUAG